CGAAUGACAAGGGCAUUAACCCGGAAGUUGUGCUUUGGUAUUUCAAUGUGACUUUCCCUAAACUAGCUAGCUGUUGUAAUACUCUAUUAAAUAUGUUCCUCACUGCUGUAAAUCUGGCCAAGGCCAAGUCAAAGACUGUCUUAGUGCAAAUGGUGAGUGCUGCUGGGACAGGCUACUGCUUCAACACCAAGAGGAACCGACUACGUGAUAAACUGGUGCUGCGGAAAAAUGACCCUUUGGUGAACAAACACGUCCUCUUUCACGAAAAGAAGAAGAUCAGGUCGAUUUAACCAUGAACGGCAAAGAACAAGACUUUUGAAUCUGCAACACCUAGUCAGAAGAUUUCACUGACAUUGUCUAAAAUGUGUCGACCGUCAUUCGCGAGAAGAGCUAAGGAGUUCCUAUUGGACUAUUCAUGGACCACAUCAACUCAUUGUAAACAUUUGGGAUGAACCAAGCGGUUUCCAUUCACAUCAAAACCAGGUUUCCAUCCAACAUUGUUUAUGUGAGUAAAGUACAUGUCGGAUAGAAAUUUCACAACAGGCCUGAUGGAACCAGCAAAUUUGUCAGUCAACUUUCCAAAGGUCGACAACAAAAUACAUGUCGUAGUGGGCGAACCACACAACAUAUCAUGACUCCCAAGUUUACUUCGAUAUGAUGGUUAUUAUAUCAAUAUUUGAUGGGGUUUCCAAUAGCAUUUCUCACAUAUUUCAUUUUACCGACACAAACUUUUUUUGGGGGGGUAAAAUGAUGUGAGAAAUGGCGGUGGAAACCCCUUUAUGCGCAAAUAUUGAUAUAACUCAUAUCGAAGUAAACCUGGAGUCAUGAUAUGUUGUGUAGUUCUCCCACUACGACUUGAGAAAGCAUGCAGUUGGCUACAGAUUAAAUAAGUUAUGGUGAACUUCACAGGGUGGCGAAAGUGCACACUGAUGAGUUUAAUGCUCCUUUCCAAUAAAUAUCGAGGGUCUUAUUCUGGUGACAUGAUGAUCGGCUGCCGUUUGACUAAUAAUCUCGAUCUUAUUCAUAACAAUCAGAUCAUGUACUGUAGGUAGCCUACCCGCACUGUAUCUGCGAGCUGUUGGCUAGAGCGCACAUGCAAAGACCAGAGUGGGCACGUUUUCUAUAUAAUGUGACAUUUGUGACAAAACCCUCAGUAGACUUGAAAAUGUGAUGGAAGCCCAUUUCACUUGUAUUUUUUAUUUGGUACAUGAGAAUUUAACUGCAAAAUAUAUUUUUAUGUGCACUAUGUCAUCAUGCACAGCCUUUUAUCCGCAACAAGUCAAUUUGAUGGAAACACGUCUCUGAGAAAAUGUGCAUAUAUUGUUCGUAUGCAGAUUUUAGAAUAUUUGCAUGAAUAUCUUGCCAAUUGGAUGGAAACCUAGCUAUUCGGACAAUUAUUCCUCAAUAAGUAAGAAGUAGCUUGUUUCAUGUUUUUGUCCACUUGUAUGUUAUUUCUCUACCGUAGGCACAUUGUAUUGAUAAUCUUUGUUCUGCAAGAGUAACAUAUCUGCCAUCCUAAGAAAUAAUGGAAGCAUGAAAGGACAACUGUUCACUUAUGUUUCACACUGAAUGAUCAUAAGCUUUUACAACAUUAUGGUAAUUCAGGACAGAAUACUUUUUUUGUCUAGACAAACUUACAACCCAUCAAUGGUACAAACUAGUCUGGGUUUGGUGUGAACUGUUUCACUCGUUUUUCUGACAUGUAAAUCAUUUGUAUCCUCAUUGUAGGUCAGAAUAAGUUGUAUUUUCCCUCUUAAAUGUGUUUGACAUUUCUGUCCCAUUUGUUGAUAUUGUCAAAGCUUAUGAAAAACAAUGUUUGAGUGAAAUUGUUUCAAUGAUGAGUUUGUGGAACACAUUUAAUAUGAAGCAAAAAGUAUUUACAUCACAUUAUUGGACAUAUUGGAAUAUAAAAAAAAAAAAAAAUUAUGACUACUGUUAUGGCAGAUGAAUAAAGGACAAUGGUCACCAUUAAGUUA